UGGGGAUACCCCAGUAGCGUUCGAGACGGCUUUGUGGUACAAAGCCAGAGUGGAUAUAUUUAUAGUGUUUAUUUUGUCCGGUUGAGAUGAGAAUAGUUUUAUGUGUGGCGCUUUGCGCUGCAGUGGUGAGCGCCUCGCCUGGACUCUUCGGUGGUUUCGGAGAUUCGGUGACCGGCACACUGACAAAACUGCCGCAGUCCGUGAACAAAGGUGUCAGCAAUGUUCAAGAAUCGAUCCCGUUCUCUGAUGGCCAAUUCGAUAAGGUCUUUGGAUCAUCCGACGAGAUGGUGAAAAGCUUCCGCAAGCAGCAAACCAAGUCGUUCGCGUCCCUCUCCGACAUCCUCCCGGCCGGUCUCAGUCUCCCAGACCUGAGUCUGCCGCUCCCGAUCCCGGGAGUCCCAGGGUUCGGUCUGCCCGGGACCAGCUCUGGCAGCUCUGGCAGCUCUGGACCGGCGCCGCCUAAACCGAAGUUCGACCGGUCUAUGCGUUUGCACGAGGAUCUUAUUGUACCGUUGUCUGGGUUCACAGAGAGCUUUGAAAUAGAGUGGCACGCUGAAUCCGACUCUAUGCGUAAGACCAUGGAGGGUGGCAACACCGUGUACCGAUCACCAAAGCCGGACGGCAAAGUGGAGUUCCUUGAGAUUCGUGAAGAAGAAGAAGGAAAGAACAAGGUUCACCGCUGCUCACGCACCGUCGUCUCAUUGGCUGCUCCUGCUCAAAAGUCCUUCCCUGGUCUGCCUGACUUGAGCGAUUAUGUCUUCGUAGGAAAUGCAAAAUCAGAACUAUGGAGGAAGGUAAUAAAGGGCAAACCAGGUGAAAAUGGCGCCGUGAAAGGGGAGACUCUUACAGUCACUCACGAGAUGCUGGUUGCGAGGGAGAAGGAUGGACCAGUUCCAAUCAGAUAUUCGGUGAUGACAGACAGCUCCAUCCUCGGUCCCGCCAGCGACGUCUACAUCCACAACUACAAGGUCCUCUCUCCCCCCUCCGCCCCCAUCAAGCCUGACACCAGCAAGUGCAAGACCAUCGAGGACGCCACUCCUCGCCAGAAGAGACAGAGCUUAUUCUCCAGGAUUACUGAUACUUUGUCGAGCUUCAACCCUGUUCAGGACUUAUCGCUGCCUUUUGGUGGGGACAUUGGACCUAAAUUUGACAGCUUCAAAAACGAAUUCAAACGCAACUACCUCGACCCAGCCGAAGAAGCAGUCCGCAAGAACCUGCUCACUCAAUCCUCGCGCUUCAUCGAGGCCGGCAACCGAGCCACCUCCAGCUUCAAGAUGGGUGUCAACUUCCUGGCCGACCGGCUGGAUGAGGAGAUCAGCCAGCUGUUCGGGGUCAGGGAGCCUGAGGGGGGUGUAGCUGAAGUGGGGAUGGUCCCGUUCCCGUAUUCGGAGAAUGAAGUGAAGAAGGCGUCGGAUAAGCUGCCUGAGGAGUUUGAUUGGAGGAAGCAUGGGGCUGUGUCGCCUGUGCGCUAUCAAGGAACAACAUGUGCCUCAUGCUGGGCCUUCGCCGUAGCGGGCUCCACGGAGGGUGCUCUCUUCAAGAAGACCAACAACCUGGUGCCGCUCAGUCCUCAGUGUCUCGUCGACUGCGGCAAACCGUUCGGAGCGCAGGGCUGCGGGCCUACCUGGCCGAGCUUCGCCUAUGACUACAUCCAGAACAAAGGCCUCGCCGCCUGGGACGAGUACGACUACGAAGCUAAGGUCCUGGAAUGCAAGGACACCAAAGUGUCCCCCGUGACGCACAUCAGCGGACAUGUCAACGUCACUGCCAACAAUGAGGACGCUCUCAAGGUGGCGAUCAAGAACCAUGCGCCUACUGUGGUGCUAGUCGACGCAAUGGCCAAAACUUUCAUCUACUACAAGAGCGGAGUUCUGAACGACAAGAAAUGCGGUCAAAGCAAACCCCGCCUCAACCACGCAGUCCCUAGCCGUCGGCUGGGGCUCAAAAGACGACUCCAAGGAUGCCCCCACUUCAUCCUGAAGAACAGCUGGUCGGACAAGUGGGAGGAGGGCUACAUCAAGAUAGCCCCGGAGUCGUGCGCCGUGCUGGAGCGGCCGACCUACUCGCUGCUGCAGCAAGCCAACGUGGACAGGGCGGCGCUGCGCUCUUCCUAUAAAGAUUAGGCGAUAAGAUGUAUCUUUUUAUAUUAUGGUCGAUGAAUAAAAAUGUUUCCGUAAUAAAAGCGUA